UGACAAACACUCACGUGGACUUGAUCAUUAACAGUUGUUUACAAACAAGAAGCGAAUGAUUUCUUACUGAGGAACAUGUCAGCGGUAUGAUUGUGGAACUCUCCUGAAGGCUGACGGGAACGUCAUUGCCGCCGUCUGCAUGGUGCUAAUAAUGGCGGGGUGAUUUCAAAUUUGUCAGCGCAAAAUGUCCCUAAGGAGCUUUCUGUUUGGUUCUGUGGCAUCUUAUGCCUCUGUUGUUGUUUACUACAUGGUGACAAAAAACAAGACAGAGCUACCCUCCAAGUUAGAACCACCUAGUCAACACAUCCUCACUCAUGGCAUUCCUGACAGAGGUCCCAACAUUCAUGUCUAUGAAAACCAUGUUUUAGCUUAUGACCAGGCAAAGAAAACCCCGAUUUGGGUAGCUGAGAGGAUAACGCAAAAACAUGUUAAUGGCCCAGCAGAGAGGAAGAAUAUACGAUUCAGGCCUGACCCAGAUGUAUCAUCUCGAUUCAGUGCAGAUAAUUCUGACUAUCUGAGAAGCGGAUGGUCUCGAGGUCACAUGUCACCAGCCGGGGACAAUAAAUAUUCUCAGGAGGCCAUGUCACAGUCAUUUUAUCUGUCCAACAUUGUACCUCAAAAUCUAGAAAAUAAUGCUGGCUUCUGGAACCGUCUGGAAAUAUACUGCCGUGAACUGACACAACGAUUCAAUGCUGUUACUAUAUUUAGUGGGCCGAUGUCUCUCCCUGUCACUUCAGAUGAUGGUAAACUGGUCGUAACUUAUCCAGUUAUCGGAAAAAACCAAGUGGCUGUUCCAACCCAUUUAUACAAAAUAAUCAUUGUGGAGGAUAAAAACUCAAAUCCUGUAGGGAUUGGUUCAUUUAUUGUCCCAAACAAGCCAAUCGGAUUUGAACAUGCCUUAACCGAAUAUCAAGUUCCCCUGGACGAGGUUGAAAGAAAAACUGGAGUCCGAUUUACCCCGGAGCUUGAUACUUCACGCCUUGGUGAUCUCUGUGAGAUAGAUUCUUGCAAACUUAUGCAGAAAAGUGACUUUGAGUCUUAUUUUAUUGGGAGACGUUUGAAAGGUGCUCGGAAUAGAGAAAAUCUUGAUAAAAUUUGGAAAGAAUUUGAAGUGAAAGGCGGAGCUCCAUCACAAAACCAUAUUGAUAUGUAUAACCAAAAGUUAAAGGAUUUUGAGAAUGAAAUUCACAAACCAGAGGAGUGAAAAAAAAAGCAAACCUUGCAUAGCACUGGUGAAUCUAUAUUCAGAUAAUUUAGCAUAGGAAAAUCAAUGUAGAUAAGGAAGCCUACAUAUAGCUAGUGUCAUGUCUUUGAAUAAAUAUAAUUGAAUAUUUCAGGUAAAGUUCAAUAGGACAGGUUAUCCUGUUCACAAUGUAUUCUCUACGUUAUUGUAUGUAUUUUUUGUUUCACAAAUACAAAUUCAACAUGAAAAUCAUAUUUGCUGAAUGACAAUAAAUUAUGUUAUCAAACAAAACAUUUUUGAGGAUAGGUAUUUGAAAUUUUCAAUUGAAAAAUAAACUUGAUCUGUUACACAACAUUUGCAAAACAGGCUAUCAGCUUAUAUUAAUCACUCUUGUUGGCCCAAAUGGAUGUGCAGGGGGGUCUUGCUGUGGGAGAAAACCGGAGUACCGGGAGAAAACCGGAGUACCUGGGGAAAACCCAUCUGCGCCAUCUGACCUUCCUUUCAACAAAUCUUUUAUUGUAAAUGAUAUAUGUUUUUAGCAAUAUGUGCAUGACUUCGCCUGAAGUUCAGAAAUACAUGUUUUUAACUGAUAUAACUUUUAAUAAAAAAUACUCUUGACCAACAUACUGGUCUAUGUGUUCAUCUCCUGUAUAGAAAGAAUACAAUUAUUGAGAAUUAUGGUCCUUGCCCUAAUCAGUUUACUAGGUGCUAAAGUAUUUAAAUUUCAGAAAAUGA